AUGCGGGCGAGGCGUUCUUGUAAGUUUGCCGAGUACCUCUCCACGUACGCCAUUCUCGAGCACAUUGGAAUUCACCCGACGACGCUGAUUGAGAAGCGUGAUGCCGCAGUUGGAGUUGGCGUGUACGUGCGCGAUGCCUGCGACGCCGGAACCACCCUCCUCGCUGUCCCGUCGAAGCGGUUCUGCACCACUUCCGUGCUAUCGCGAGUGGGGCUGAAGACCUCUUUUUGCAGCCCGUGGCGUGCGGACAGCGAGGUGCGAGCGACGGCUUCUGCUGGGCCGGCAUGCGACGUUCACGGCGGCAUCCUUUCCUUUCUCACAGGGACUACACAGUGGCCAGAGCUAGCAUGGCGGCUCGCCCUCGAGCAGCACCGCAGUGUGUCGCCUCUGUGGGGCUGGCUGCAGAGCCUUCCGUCUGUGGAGGAGCUGGCUGACCGUAGGGACGCGGCAGAGCGGCACUGUCGCGUGCACCACACGAUGCUGCUGCCGUACUACUUCAAAGGGCGCCAGCGCAUUCGAGAAGAGACGUUGACCGCCUACUCGCAGUUGCGUGCCCACAAUAUUUUACCGUGCUUUGACCGCUUUGCGUGGGCAGUGGACGUGGUGCUGUCUCGUGGGCUGCUCCUGCCGACAGCGUGGCCCGAUACCGGGGGCGUCUUCACGAACAGCACGGCGGGCGGCGAGCAGGAGGAGGGAGGCAGCGACCCACCGCCUCAUAUCUCGUUCGAGUGUGGUGUGGUGCCUUUUCUGGACCUUGUAAACGCCCCAGACGACAUCGGUCGUGCGGUCAACGCAGACAUCGAAGUUGCAACGUCGUUCGAGACCCUUCCGAAAUUCCUCACAGACGAGUUGGCGGCUGACGCUACCGCUAGAGGACGCGGUGGCGAUGAGCUUGCAGAGGUGAAGCGCUUGCUAGAGACGCACUACUAUCUCUGCCUUACCCUGCGGAAACCGCUGCGUGCCUCUGAAGAGGUCAUUCUGGACUGGCAGGUGCCCGUGUUGACGACCGAGGUGCUGACGGCUGCUGAAGACGCGCUUGUCAGCCGUUUUCUCAAGUACAUGUUUUAG